CAGUAUAUUUCAGUACCUCCACAUCACUGGUUCGCCGGGCGGGAUUUCCGCAAUAAUAUCAAGUAUGGCGAAGACAUACGACUAUUUGUUUAAAUUACUGUUAAUCGGCGACUCUGGAGUCGGGAAGACCUGUGUCCUCUUCAGGUUUUCAGAAGACGCCUUCAACUCCACGUUUAUCUCAACCAUAGGCAUUGAUUUCAAGAUUAGGACCAUAGAGCUUGACGGCAAGAAGAUAAAGUUACAGAUAUGGGAUACGGCCGGCCAGGAACGCUUCCGAACAAUCACAACAGCCUACUACAGAGGAGCAAUGGGCAUCAUGCUUGUCUACGACAUCACCAACGAGAAGUCUUUUGAAAAUAUCAAGAACUGGAUAAGGAACAUAGAGGAGCAUGCAUCAUCUGAUGUUGAGAAGAUGGUCCUCGGCAACAAGUGUGACAUCAAUGACAAGCGGCAGGUGUCCAAAGACAGGGGGGAGAAGCUCGCAUUAGAGUAUGGAAUCAAGUUCAUGGAGACGAGUGCAAAGGCCAACAUCAACGUGGAAAAUUCAUUUUUGACACUCGCCAGGGACAUCAAAUCAAAAAUGGACACAAAGCUGGAGGGCAACACGCCGCAGGGGGGCAGUCACGGAGUCAAGAUCUCCGAGCCUCAGAAAAAGAGUAGCUUCUUCCGCUGUAGCUUACUCUGAGGACCGAGGCCUUCGAUACUGGCUUCCAGCUGGCUGGACAAAAAUGGACUGUGCUUGCUCUUAGCACUUCCUUCCCCUUCCUUCUUUCAACCCAGUCCACACAAUCCAUUAUAUUCCUAGUAACAGGAGGACUUCCCCUCCUCUCUUCCUCUUCUGAAAGCUUCCAGCGGUGCUUCUCUUUCAUUCUAAGGAGAUCUGUUGUCUUCAUGGGUCAGAAUGCUUGACUGGUUGAGAUAAAAACCAGGAGCAUUGACCAGAUGUUCCUUAUCACACAAAACACAGGCUUUUUCUUUUGAUGUAAGUCUCUUUGUACAAUGCCCUCAUAUUUCACACAGCCAGUAGCACAACUGAAGAUGAGAAAACGUUAAAUUAAUGUUCUGGGAUUGCAAAUACAAAUGUGACGUUUAGAUCUAUUUUUAAGUGCUAUUUCCCUUUAAGUGAUAAACAUCAACCGAGACUGAAAGGCUUGAACUGAAGUGAAACAGAGUUGCACAAGCUUUCAUUGUCAUUUGAGGAGUUAACACUCGUGCCAUGCAUAAAGCAGUCAAGGGUCAGAGAGGAAUGGGAUUAAAAUAUCUUACAUUUGAGUUCAGUUCUCUGCCUGUAGUCAUCGACAAUCUUUUGAGUAGCUUAAAAUAAGUUUUAACAUCCGGUCCUGUUCAUCGCACCCUGCCUUCCACUCUUUUAUCUUUUUGCAGCCGCUGUCAUGUUGAAAGGCAGAUUGGCAAUCCAGAUUUCUCUUUAGAUAAACUUCUGCUGGCACAUUUUUAGUAGAACUUUGGUGUAGUGACGCGUUCCCGCUUUGGCUUUCUCUGGUGUAGUGACCUGAAGGAAAGUAUCGUACACAGGUGUGGAAGGGAAAACGUGCAGAAGGUUACCCUUUUUACAGAAAGAUAUCAAGAUGUGCUCCCAUUAUAAUUCAAAUAAUCCUUCAAAAUGAAGUCCAGCGUGUAAUGAGAGGAGGCUGCAUUUAGCCAUUAUUUGUAUUGAUUAUUCUGCCACUGCAUUUCUUGAUUAUUCGAUUUAUAUUUUGAUCUCUAAAACAUCUACAAAGUGGGGAAAAUGGCUAUUUAAAGUCAAGGUGACAUCUUUCAAUUAAAAAUGUUGUCAGAUCAAAAGUCCAAAACCCAAAAGCAUUCAAUUUAAAAUCACAUAACACAAAGAAAAUCCUCGCAUUUGAGAAGCUGCAACUAAACGUGUUCUAUAUUUGCUCUAACAUUUAAUAUCAACGUUUAAAUACAGUGGCAUUCAGUUGAUUGUUUCAUGGGAUUGCUUUAAAGCGUUGGCCGUUUGACUUUAAAGUGUUGUAGCAGCUCUGAUUCACAGUCAAGCUAAAUGACGUCUCUGGUUAUUUGAUCAGAAAUUAAGAUCACUUUUGAAUUUUUCAUACUGUAAGCCCCCCCCUCUUCUGCUAUCCAUGCAGCUCUCCUUGCACUUUACCAGUAACUCGUGUUUUGUGUGUAGUCUGUGCCAAGUGAUAGUUUUGCAGUACAAGUACUUACUUAAAAACAUUUUGAGUCUUGGUAAUAUAUUGGGCAUAAUUCCUAAACUCUUUUUUACCACAUCUACUUAUAAAUGACUUGAUAUCCUUUGCUAUUUCACUUCUAGUGAUCCACUGCCGUGGUAUUAGUUCACUGAAAAACAUUGCCCCAAUGUACUUAUAUAUAUUUAUAUAAAGAAAAAAAAGCCUGUUCAUAUGCUACUGCCCUGCCAAAUUAUAGUUUAAAAAGUAAUGUUUCUUGGCUUAUCACAUGAAUGCUGGCUUGGUGAAAGCUGAAAGGUGCUCCCACUAGUAUUAUUGUGCGUUUGUGUUUGACAGUGGCCCUUUAGUUUGACAGCUAGGUGGCACCAGAGGCACAGUAUGCACUAUAGAUGAACACCUGAACUCACAUUUUAAUCAGUAUUUUAUUAAGAGCGCGAGGCACAGUGAGCUAUACCUGUGCGAUCCAAACAUGUACCCACUAUUUGACAUCUAUUUCCACUGCUCCUCAUGUCUCCUUCCUUCAUUUCUCACCAGUCUGAAAAUCGAACUCCUAUAUGCACAAUAUCGAGGGAGGAUCUGCUUCUGCUUGCCUGCACUUUUUUUGUAUUAUUAUUAUCAAUUCAUUUGGGACCUCAUGGCCAUUUGUCUUAACUGCUAAUACUCAGUUCUGUCAUAGGUGAGCUAUGCAUUGUGAAUCUUGGACCUGUGCAUAUUUGUGUGAUGUAAUUUCAGACGUAGACCUGUACAGUUGAAUGUAUGGGCUUUUUUGUGUGUCACUCGUUGAGCCAAAAACAGGACUGUAUAAACGGCAUUGCAACAACAACGCGAGUUGAGUUUAUCAUGAUGGAAGAUUGAAUAGAGAGAGCCUGUAAGUGUGGAGCUGUUUUCCCUCUCGAGUGAUACUGUAGCUUUGAUUCAUAAACAGAAACGUUGGGAGCAGACUUUAGAGAGACUCUGAACUGCGUCAUUUUCAUCUGAAAUGAACCUCUCUCUUUGAUUUUAGUUUUGAUAUCAUAUCCUUUACUAACAUAAUGUACAUCCCUUUUUACAGCCAUAUUUUCAAUCCAUCGAUUUGUGAAGUACACGGGAGAAUAAUAAAAAUACAUUUU